AUGCUGCUCGAAAAUAAACUCGAACGAGUGGUUAAUGAGAGUUCCAGCAAUGUAGACGAUGAGUGUAUACAUAUGGAAGCGGAUGAUCCUGCCAUGCCUGGCUUGACACUCCGCAUGUGGGUGAUUGGCAUCGCGUUCACAUUGCUUGGAUGCAGCCUCAACACCCUAUACACACUGCGUUUUCCAUCAAUAUCUCUCACUCAGUCAGCUGUUCAGUUUCUUGCCUUCCCGGUGGGCAAGAUCUGGGAAAGGGUAAUUCCUGAGUGGACCUUGUCCAUUCUGGGCUGGAAACUGAGACUGAAUCCGGGUCCCUUCAAUCAGAAGGAAAACAUCCUUAUAUAUGUCAUGGCUAAUUUGAGCUUCUUGACCCGACUGAGUGCCGAUGUACUUACGGAGCAGCGCGUCUUCUUCGGCUAUGAGACUGGUUGGGGAUUCGAACUCAUGAUCACGUUAGCCACCGUACUAUACGGCUUUUCCAUUGCGGGUAUCUGCAAGUCUAUCGUUGUUGACCCGUCAUCUAUGCUGUGGCCCGGCGUCUUUGCAAAUACGGCACUCAACGAUGCUCUUCACUCGUCCAAAGACAAGCCGGAAUCUGUGCACAGAUAUCGGAUGUCGAGAUACUCGUUCUUUCUCAUUGCAUUCUCAAUCUCCUUCUGUUGGUAUUGGUUUCCCGACUUUAUAUUUCCUGCUCUGAGCUACUUUACCUUUGUAUGUUGGGCUGCACCCAACAACGCCGUAGUGAACCAAAUAUUCGGCAUGAAUAGUGGACUCGGUCUACUUCCGGUGACAUUCGAUUGGUCGCAAAUUGCCUAUAUCGGCUCACCUUUGGUCGUGCCUAGCUGGGCCAUCGCGAAUAGUAAUUUAGUCUACGACAAUACGGGGAAAGCGUACAAUAUCAGCCGGGUCAUCAACAAGCAUGACGGGUACCAGCUUGAUUCUGUUAGAUAUCAAGAGUAUUCAUCGAUAUACCUGCCCGUUACUUAUGCCUUGAAUCAGUUUGGCCUUGCUUUCGCCACCAUUGUGUCCCUCUUCAUCUGGCUUCUGCUCGAGAAGAGGAACCAGAUCUGGGACGCCGUCUCCAAAAUCAAGCAUGCUCACCGGAAAAGAGCAACAAAUCAGAAAACGACUGGAAGCUCAGUCUUGGAGACUCCAAUUUGGUGGUACUGGGUAACAGCCACAGUAUCUUUAUUUCUUGCCAUCUUUUGUUGCGAGUAUUGGAAAGUGCAGCUGCCCUGGUACGGUGUGCUUUUAGCGUUUGCUGUUUCCACUGUCUUUUUUGUACCGCUAGGUAUUAUCUACGGUACAACGAACCUCAGAAUAAACAUAGAUGUCUUCUGCAGGAUCAUUGCGGGAUACAUUUGGGAAGGUCGCGUUCUGGCGAAUAUCUGGUUUUUCAAUCUUGGCUACAUUUCCGGGAUCAAAGCUUUGCAAUUCUCGCAGGACUUCAAAUUGGGGCUCUACUGUGGAAUUCCCCCACGACAGCUCUUCAUUGUCCAGCUAGUAGCCAUCUGCGUUGCAACCCUUGCGCAAGUCGGCGUUCUGAACUGGGCACUCACCAACAUCAGCGGCGUGUGUACCAAGGAAGCUGUGAACGGCUUUACCUGUCCCUUUUCACGUACCCACUUUAACACUAGCACCAUCUGGGGCGCUGUUGGGCCGCGCCGCUUCUUUUCUACAGAUUCGACUUACCACAGCUUACUUUACUUCUUUAUUCUGGGUCUUGUGCUCCCUGUCGUUGUAUACGGACUGAAACGGCGCUUCCCGAAUAGUUUCUGGAGGCAUGCACACGUACCAUUACUGCUUGGUGGUCUGAACUUCCUGCCCCCUGCUUCUGGCACAAAUUAUGGCAGUUGGACUAUUGUUGGUCUCGCGGCUGGAGUUCUCAUCAAGCGAAAGUACACGGUGUGGUGGAAACGAUAUGUAUUUGUGCUCAGCACAGCCCUCGACAGUUCCAUCGCUAUAGCGGCAGUCAUCAUCUUUUUUGCUGUUUUCUGGUCAAAGGCCUCGGAUCACUUCAGCUGGUGGGGUACAAAAGUCUACCAGGAUACCUGCGACUGGAAGUCUUGUCCCUUCAAGAUAUUGGAGCCUGGACGCAAAUUUGGCCCAUAAUGCGGUAGAAGAUAUACUAUUGCAUUCAUUGUGAUCUGAUGGGAGGCUUGCCUGAUGCUGAUCAGGGCAGUACCAGCUGGUUGUCGGAGAAGCCGCUUUAAAACGACAAAAAACAUUGGGAAAGCGUCAAGAUUAUGCGUUUGGUAUGGCUUAUCGUCUUUGUGUGAUUUGUCGACUCUGCUGACGCAGUGUACGAGACAUCAGGGGAUACUGGACGUGCUUGUGGGUUCUUCGAAGGUUCGAUGUCUCCCCCGACGAUGUUAUGUCGCUCUACCAGAUUUGUAGUGAUGUAAUGCUCGCAUGGACUUUGCAACAAUCGUCGUAUUGGGAGGAUACUGCUGAUAGGAGGAUGUUGCGGUGUAUUCGAGUCGAUCUGAAGUCUAACCAUGCUUUGGCGCCGCAGAAGACCUGCAGUUGGGAGUCAGUAUCAAGGACGUGAAGGUACACAUAAUGGAUUUGUUUUAAUGGUGCAA